AUGUCUAUGCCGAACCGGAGAGCUCUCCUCGACGUAUAUUACGGCCAUGACCUAUGUUUGAGCAGCUCGCACUCAGAUGUCAUUAUUUCGCAAGGCAAGAAGAGCAAGAAAGAUAAAGACACGGAUUCUGAAUCGGUUUCCUCAUCCAGCCCCUCUUCGGCUGACACCGUUGUUGUUCCUCCUCCCGGCCCGAAGAAAUGCCCUCUCCGGUUCAUAAUGACUGGCAUGUUCGAAAUUGAUGGGGAUGCUGAGAGCACCAAACCAAAAGGCUGUCCUCUCAGGCGUGUUCAGCUAUGGCAUACGAUCCCUUUGGUCCUCUUGGCUAUCAUCAACCUCAUCCUAGUCAUAGUCGCCUUACUGGGACUGGCUGGAUACCGAAUUGCUGUGGGCAUCCAAGAUUUCGUGGUAGGCCUCGCCAAAAGCGAUCUCGACAACCCGUAUGCGGAGAGCCCAGCAGAUAGCGACCAGGCAACACUUGUAUCAGAAAAGCAGUAG